AUGGCUACGGCCGAAGUGUUGGUGUUCACCGAAAGCUUCAGCGCAGACGGUCCUGGGUCGUCAGUAAACACUACCUCGCGGGCUGGGUGGGAUGAGAGAUCCCUCUGCGCACAGCUGGGCUUGAUCGCACAAGCUUGGCUUCGUUGUCGGCACAAAUCUACUCCCUCUAGCCCGCUGCUGUGGCCUCGCCGGGAGCCUCGCGACCACAGGCUACCAGAACCACCCCCAGAGUACCCCGAUGAGAGCAGCAAGACGCCCCCGGAAACGGACGACUAUGCCCGUCAGAACGGUCCCCAUCUCCCAGACACAUCCCCGGAGCCCACCUCGGCCUCAGCGAAAGCGCACCCCACCGAGAAUUGUCUACUGCCGGACCCUUUCCCCGGAGCCUCGGUAGACUUCCUGUGGCAGGGCGGCUACCGUGAACACGCCAAGAAGAAGAAGAAAGCGGCCGGCACGCCCAUGCCCCUCGGCGGGGGCGGGGGCGGUGACAACGGCGGCAGCGAGGAGAAAAAGGACGAGGGCAACGCCGGUAACAAUGAAAGUCUGGGCGGUGGUGGCGGCGGCGAUGCCGGGAACGAUGGAGAUGGCGGCGACGGAGGAGAAGGCUGGGCAGAUUUCACCAGCGCCAAGGACAAGAAGAAAGGCGAUGCCGAUGUCGCCAACGACCCCUCGGCUGACCCCGGCGACACCUUCCAGGAGAUCAAGCUGGGCUCCUGGGCAACCAGUUGGACCAGUGGCGGGAACGGCUGGGGCUGGGGUGGUGGCAGCAAAGUUGCCACCACUGGCGCCGAAGAUUCCAACCCCUGGGGAGGUAAAAAGGGGAACGACAAGUCCAGCGUCGCUUUGGGGGCCAUGGACGGGUCCGCCCCUACCGACUCGUGGGGCUGGGACAAGAAUGGAGCAAAGAAGGACGAGCCAGCCGCCGCCGAUGACGACUGGUUCGUCCCCGGGUCCAAGAAGGACACCAAGAGGAGCCUCCUCGACGACUUUGCCAGCCCCUCUGACACUCCCCCUGCAGCCCCUGAUGCGCCCCCGACAGACGGUUUCUGGGGCGCAGCCAACAAGGGCAAGAAGGGCAAGAAAGGCGGCCUCUACGACGACGUACCCCCGGCAGCAACCGGCCUCGACGACGACUUCGGUUGGGGCGCCACAGGCAAAAAGAAGAACUCUCUCUUUGCCGACGAUGAACCCAAAGAGGACACUGCAAGAUCUGGAGGUGCCGGCUGGGACUUCUGGGGUUCCGCAAAGAAGGUUAUUGACAAGAAGACCACGCUCCUCGGUGAUGUCCAGGACGACUCCCAAAAGGACGACCCGUGGGACUCGUGGGGUAGCGGCUCCAAGAAGGACAAGGACAAGAAGGCCACCGACGACCUGAUCCAGCUUGACGAAGGCCCCACCGCGGGCGGCGGCGGCGACGACUUCUUCAGCUCCUGGGGCAAGAAGGAGAAUAAGGAUGCCUUCUCUUGGGCAGAGGACGGCAACGACGACUGGGAUCUAGGGACCAAGAAGGCAGAGCCUACUGCGGAGGAGAAGGCCAAGGCCGAAGCUGAGGCUCGCGAGAUCGCCGCUGAGGAGGAGGAACUGGCUGCGCUCGAGGCGAAGAAGGCUUUGAAGAAAGGCAAGCUCACGAUGAAGAAGGAUAGGGACCGUUAUGAGAUCCUCAAGGCGAAUUCCGACAAGAGAGUCGCAGACAAGGCUGCCAAGGAAGCUGAGGAGCAAGCCGCUGCCGCCAGCCAAGCUGCUGCCGAAGCUGCCGCCGCCGAGGCCGAGGCUGAGGAGAAGGCCAAGUCUGACGCCCGGGCCGCCGAGAUUGCAGCGGAAGACAAGGAGCGCUACGACAUUCUCAAGGCCCAUGCCGAGGCCAGGGCUGAGGAAGAUGCAGCCAAGGAGGCUGCCGCUGCCGCCGCCGCUGCCGCUGCUGAACCUCCUCCGCAGCCUGAGGAGCCGGCCGUCGACGAAGACAAGGCACGCCAGGAAGCAGAGGCAGUUGAGGUUGCCGCUGAAGAAAAAGAGCUCGCUGCUCUUGAGACCAAGAAGGCCAAGAAGGGCAGGCUCGUCACGAAGACUGACAAGGACCGAUACGACGAGCUCAAAGCCAAAGCCAACCAGAGGGCCGAGGCAAAGGCCGCCGCUGAUGCUGCUGCCGCCGCCACCCCAGAACCUGAGCCCAAAAUCCCACUCGAAGUCCCUGAUGCCCCUCCGGACGACGACGGUGCUAGCGAAGCGCAAAGGAUGGAGGUCGAGAAGGAGGAGGCUGAACUAGCAGAGCUAGAGAUCAGAAAAGCCAAGAAGGGCAGGUUGGCUAAGGCGGCUGACCGGGAACGAUACCAGGUCCUCUUGGACCGGGCCGCAAAGAGGGCCGAGGAGAAGGCCGCCGCGGAAGCUGCUCCACCACCACCAGUCGAGGAGCCUCCCGCUCCAGAAGAGCCUCCCGCUCCAGAGGAGCCUCCCGCUCCAGAAAAGCCCUCGGCCGCCGUCGAGAACGCCGCAGAUGCUGCCUCCCGCGAAGCUGAGGAGGCCGCGAUCGCUAGUGAAGAGGCUGAGCUGGCUGAGCUGGAAAAUAAGAAGGCUAAGAAGGGUCGGCUGGCUAAGGCGGCUGACCGGGAACGGUACCAGGUCCUCUUGGAUCGGGCUGCAAAGAGGGCUGAGGACAAGGCCGCCAAGGAAGCCGAGGCAGCUGCCCCCCCCCCUGAACCAGAAGUGCCUGCAGCCCCCGAGCCACCCGAAGAGCCCCCUAUCACGCCGGAUGCUAGCGACGCUGCAGCACAGGAGGCCGAGGAUACUGAGGCUGCGGCAGAUGAGGCCGAGCUGGCUGAGUUAGAAAUCAAGAAGGCCAAGAAGGCCAAGAAGGCGGCCAAGGAGGCCGAGCCAGAGCCGACUCCUCCCGCACCUGCUGAGCCCGAGCCUGAACCAGAGCCUCCCGCCGCCGCCGAAGACGACCAGGCGGCGAUCGAUGCUGAGGAGGCCGAGCUGGCCGAGCUGGAAAUCAAGAAGGCCAAGAAGGGGAGGUUUGCCAAAUCCAUCGACCGGGAUAGGCACGCUUACCUCAAGGAGCGCUCCGACAAACGUGCCGAAGAGAAGUCUGCGAAAGCCGCUGAGGAAGAGGCUGCCGCCGCCGCCGCCGCCGCCGCCGCCGCUGCUGCUGCUGAACCGGAAGUGGAACCGGAACCGGAGCCUGCAGCACCAGCUGAGCCUGAGGUCGCUCAAGCUGAAAUCGAUGCCGAGGAGCUUGAGCUUGCCGAGCUGGAGACCAAGAAGGCUAAAAGGGGUAGGCUCAACAAGUCGGUCGAUAGGGAAAGAUACGAGGUCCUCAAGGGCCGUUCUGACAAGCGAGCGGCCGACAAGGCAGCCAAGGAAAUUGAAGAGGCCGCCGUCGCUGUCCCUGAACCCGAACCUGAAACUGAGCCGGCUGUCGAGGCACCACCCGCUGAGUCUGGAGAUGGCCAAGCCGAGAUCGACACCGAAGAGGCCGAACUCGCUGGCCUGGAAGCCAAGCGCCAAAAGAGGGGCAAAUUCGUCAAACCUUCGGACAAGGAGCGAUACCAGUACCUCAAGGAGCGAUCCGUCAAACGAGCCAUCGCUGCGUCCAUGGCACCUCCCGCUGUGCCCGAUCCACCGGAACCCGAAACCACGGCCGAACCGGAACCGGAACCAGAGCCUGAGCCUGACCCUGAGCCUGAGCCUGAGCCUGAGCCUGAGCCUGAGUCGGUCCCCGCUGAGCCCGAGAUCAGCCAGGCAGUCAUCGACGCCGAGGAGAAGGAGCUUGCCGACCUGGAGGCCAAGCGUCAAAAGAAGGGCAAAUUUGUCAAAAUUUCGGACAAGGAACGAUAUGACUAUCUCAAGGGCCGGUCCGAAGAGCGGGCUGCGCAUGCUGUCGCAAAUAAACCAGAGGAGCCGCCUGAACCGGCCGAAGAACCACCGGCGCCGGAGCCAGAGCCUAUCGAUGUGACCCCUGCUGUCCCCGAAGUCAGCGACGCCGAGAUCGCUGCCGAGGAACUGGAGCUUGCUGAACUGGAGACCAAGAAGGCCAAGAAGGGAAAGCUGACAAAGGAAGCUGCUGAACAACCCUCCGCCGAGCGGGAAUCGGAACCCCUCGUACAGCCUGCUCCCGAAGAGGCUGCUUCCCCGGACGACAACAACGACGUCGAAAUUGCUGCCGAAGAGGCAGAGCUUGCCGACCUGGAGAUCAAAAAGGCCAAGAAGGGCAGGCUAUCCAAAGCUGCUGACCGGGAGCGGUACGCAGUCCUCGUGGAGCGUGCCAAUCAGCGGGCCGCAGCCAGGGAGGCCCCCACGGCCGAGGAGGAGGUGCCGCCGCCGCCUAUCGAAGAUGUCCCGCCUCAGGCUCCUGACCCACCGGCUGCGGAGGAGCCCGUUGUUCCGGAAGUCGAAGAUGAGGCCAUCAUUGCCGCUGAAGAGGACGAGCUAGCAGCCCUGGAAAUCAAGAAAGCCAAGAAGGGCAAGCUGUCCAAGGCCUCGGAGCGUGAUCGCCAUACCCUCCUCAAGGAACGAUCCGACAAGCGUGCUGAGGAGAGGGCAGCCAAGGAAGCGGAGGAGCAGGCCGCCCGCGAGGCUGCGGAGCAGGCUGCUGCGGAGGCAGCGGAAGCUGAGAUCGCGGCAGAGGAGGCGGAGCUCGCAACCUUGGAGGACAAAAAGGUCAAGAAGGGACGAUUGGUCAAGAAGAGCGAGAGGGACCGGUACGAUGAGCUUAAGGAGCGCGCCAACAAGAGGGCUGCCGAGGCCGCCCCCCCUCCUGCCCCCCCCGAUCCUGCUGUACAGGAAGAAGGAGAAGAAGUGCCCCCCCCGGUGCCUGACGCCCCCGAAGCACCCGAAGAAGGCUAUGCCGCCGCUGAGGCUGCCGCCGCUGAGGCUGCGGCCGAAGACGAAGAGUUUGCCGCCCUCGAGGCCAAGAAGGAGAAGCGCAGCAAAUUGAGCAAGACAGAUCGUGCUAGGUACGAUGAGCUCAAGGCUAAGAUUGACAGCAGGGGUGACGGUGGCGUAGAUGAAGAGGCCACCGCCGCUGCCGCCGCUGCCGCCGCUGCCGAGGCGGCCGAAGCUGAAGCUGCUGAAGCUGCUGAAGCUGCUGCUGCUGCUGCUGCUGCCAAAGAAGCCGAGGAGCAAGCCGCUAAGGAGGCCAAGGAGGCCAAGGAGGCCAGGAAGGCGGAAAAGGAAAGGGAGAAGGAGAAGGAGAAGGAAAAAAAGAAAGAGAAGGAGAAGAAGUCGUCCUCCAAGGAUAAGAAAAAGACCAAGGAGAAGGAACCGGAGCCGGAACCAGAGCCAGAGCCGGAACCAGAGCCGGAACCAGAGCCGGAGCCGGAACCUGAACCGGUACCGGAACCAGAGCCCGAGGCCGAACCGGAGCCGGAGCUGGAUCCCGCUGAGGUGGACAGAUUACUGGCCGAGGUGGAUGAGGGCCGCAAGCCCAAGAUCACGAAUGAUGCUUUCAGCUUUUGGGGCCUUGGAAGCAAGAAGAAGAAGGAAACUCCCCCGGAGGACACGACACCAUCAAACAAUGAUGGGUUCCUGGGCUUAUCGCGAAAGUCGUUUGGUGGCAAGAUCGCCGAAAGGCUCAAGACGUUCGAGGCGGUUCCACCCCCGCUAGAUGAACCCGAGCCCGAGCCAGUUGCCGCCCCGCCAUCCCCACCGCCCGAGCCGCCGGUCUCGCCGCCGCCGCCGGUGGAGGAGAAGUCGUUGAAGAAGUCCAAGAAGUCCAAGUCGGUCCCCGUCGUCGAGGCACCCCCGCCACCACCCCCGCCGCCCCCAGAGCCCGUCAUCAAGGAGGAGCCACUGCCUGUGCCCCCGCCAUCCUCCAGGAAGAAGAAGAAGGAUUCCGAGAUACCUGGAACGUUCCCCGAGGAGCUUGACGACGACGAGCCCGUGCCCGACAUGACGGCUCCAUCUCCCAAGAAGGAGAGAAAGACCAGCAGCAAAAAGAGCAAGUCCAAGGCUGCGGAUGCUGCGCCUCCACCCGUACCCCAGCCUCCGCCGGCCGUCCCUGACGCUCCCCCAUCCCCGCCCCCCGAGCCCAAGUCAUCGUCCCGGAAGGAUCGACCCAAGCGCUCGGCUGAGAAGGUCGACAAGUCUGAGAGGCGCAGCCGCAAGUCUGGCAUUUUCAGCAGCACGCCGCCCGUCUCGAGGACCAUGCCGACGAGGGAGAAGCGGGCCAGCACAAAUGGCCGAUCGUCGCGCCGGGCCUCGGUGGACGCACACGGCCUCGUCUCCCCGCCGCCCGAGGAAUCGCACCCCGAGAUGUCAUCCAAGGCUGCCAAGAUCCUGGGUGUGGGCGCCGACAAGAUGUCGAGCAAGAGCUCCAAGCCUCGUAGGUCUCACCACGGUGACGAGGAGGGGCUGAUAGCCGAGGCCGAAGGCCGCGCCCCGACGUCUGAACGCCGACGCUCGCGGCGCGCCACAUUGGUGGAGGACGAAGACGUCAUCAUGACGGAUGCGCCCGGCUCCAACGGCACACCUUCGAAGCGCGGCACGUCCACAACGAGGAAGGGCGUCAUCUCGGGCCUGUUCAGCGGUUUCAUGACGCCCAAGGCGGAACGUGUCGAGCCCGUCAAGCGCCGCAACACGUACACCACGACAGACGACGAGGGCAGGGGUGCCGUCACGGACGGCGACGUGCCCAUGGCGGAUCCCGAGAGAGAGGCACGACGGGCAGCGCGCCGCGCUAAGCGAGCAGAGCGCGAGGCUGCGGCGGCGGCGGCCGAGGAGGCAGCAGAGGCCCGCAAGGAUAAGGAGAGACACCGUGCUCGCCGGCGCAAAGGAGAUGAAGAUGCGGACCGGGAGGCGCGCCGCGCCGAGCGCCGCGCCGCGCGCCAACGUGAAGAGCAGCAGCGUGCCGAAGAAGAAGACAGGGAGGCACGUAGGGCUGAGCGGCGCCGUAUCCGCAAGGAGAGGGAGGCUGCUGCUGCUGCUGCUGAGGAGGCAGACGAAGCCGCGCGCCGAACCUCCAAGCGAGAGCGCCCUCGCCGAUCCCAGCCUCACCAGGUCGACCCGUCAGAUGAUGAGGCGGAGCGCCGGCGCAAGCGAGACGCCCGGCGGGCCGCCAAAGAAGGCGACCCAGUACGGCCUACCGAGAGGCUGAACCGACGCGCCACAGAUGCCUCGGUCGACGAGGCCCCACCACGGAAGCAACGCCGACACCACUCCGAGCGGGAGAGCUCGUCGGCUUGGCCUGUGUCGGGGACGUCCACGUGGGUCAAGGAUCACUCUGACGCGCCGCCCCCGCCGGCAGACCAGCAGGGCGUGGACGAGCAGGCUCGUCGCGAGGCGCGUCGGAGUCGGAAGAAGGGCCGCGCCUCCGGAGCGGAGAUGACGGCCGACGAGACGGACGAUCAGCGACGGAGGAGGCGGCGCGAGGAGAGGGAACGCGAGAGACGCAUGGCUGCUUCGGACGGUAGCGACGAGAGACAUGGACACGGAAGCCGUCACAACUCGGUCCUCGCCCCGCCGGAGACUGCUACGACGCCUAAGACCAGUUGGUGGAAGAAGUUGGCCGGUUGA